GUCCGCCAGAGGGCGCUCGCCGGGAUUGUCCCCCUCUCCCUGGCUGUGGUGAUGAAGGCAGCGGGGCGGGGCUAGAGGUCAGAGUUGAAUGUUUGACAGAAAGCUGAAUAUGGAUUCCAUAUUUCACGAGAAACAAGAGGGCUCCCUCUGCGCCCAGCACUGUCUCAACAACCUUCUGCAGGGUGAGUAUUUUACUCCAGUAGAUUUGUCCUCGAUUGCUCAUCAGCUCGAUGAGGAGGAGAGGAUGAGGAUGGCAGAGGGAGGAAUGGCCAGUGAGGAAUACAGGACUUUCUUGCAGCAACCAUCUGGGAACAUGGAUGAUAGUGGAUUCUUUUCAAUACAAGUAAUUAGCAAUGCUCUGCGAGUUUGGGGCUUGGAGCUAAUCCUCUUCAACAGUCGGGAGUACCAGAGCCUCAUGAUAAAUCCAAUAAAUGAGAAAGCCUUUAUUUGCAACUACAAGGAGCACUGGUUUACUAUACGGAAACUUGGACAGCAGUGGUUUAACCUAAAUUCACUGCUGACUGGGCCAGAACUGAUAUCAGACACCUAUCUAGCCCUUUUCCUUGCACAGUUACAACAAGAAGGUUACUCCAUAUUUGUGAUCAGAGGAAACCUUCCUGAGUGUGAAGCGGAGCAAAUUCUCAUGAUCAUGAGGGUCCAUCAGCAGCAGCGGCCCAGGCUCAUUGGAGAGGAAGAGGCUCAGACAAGUUCAGGCAGGCCAGCAGCUCUGGGCCAGUCGGAGGCAAUGGUCUUUGGUGCGGAGGAUGAGGUCGUGGAUGAUGAUGAAGAACUGAAGAAAGCUCUGGCUCUCAGCAGACAGGACAUAGAUGUGGAAGAUGAAGAGGCUGAUCUUCGCAGGGCCAUACAACUUAGCAUGCAAGGAGCAGUCAUGAGCAACAAGUCUUCAGAGUCUGAAAUGGCAAAUGUAAAAUCUGGCAGCCAUGCAGCAGGGACUGCUGCAGGAGGACAAAGAGAAGACCAGAACGAGACAUUAUCAGCUGAGGAACUGAGGAAGAGGAGACAAGCCUAUUUUGAUCGACAACAACAACAAGCUCAGUCAAACAUUCCUCAACAACCAGACGCAAAGUCAACUGGAGCCUCAGGUUGCGCACCCAAACCUUUCCAGAUUGGAAUUAUGGUGGGACACAAAAUGAAGAUGACAUUUUUUGUCAUCUUAACAUAUUUGUGCCUCCUCGCUCCGGGCCAAGCACAACCCUCGGGAGACACUAUCUCAGAUCUCUCCUUCAAAAACAUGGACUUUGCCAUGAACCUUUACAGAAAAAUAUCCGGUUACCACGACAAGAACAUCUUUUUCUCACCCCUGAGCAUCUCUACCAGUUUUGCCGCUCUCCUAAUGGCUUCUGAUGGUGUCACGCAUGAGGAAAUCCUGAAGGGACUCAACCUGGAGCAGCUGGAAAGGGCUGACCAGCCUGAACUUAUCCCCAAGCUCUUUCAGCUUCUUCACGAGAACAUCACGCAGAAUGGUUCACUGAAACUGGACCAAGGCAUGGCCCUCUUUAUACGCCAGCAGUUUGUUGUGAAGAAGACGUUUGAAGACAAAAUGAAAGAGUUUUUUGAGGCAGACAUCAAAUCCAUAAACUUUGCGGACACGCAAGAGAGUAUCCGUUUCAUUAAUGAGUACAUCAAGCAAAAGACUGAAGGCAAAGUUACGGAGAUGAUUUCUUCCCUGGAUGAACAGAUUCAGCUCUUGUUAAUCAACACUAUUUUCUUCCAGGGAGGCUGGCAGCUGCCCUUCAACUCCAAUCUGACUCAUACUGCCCCCUUCUACAUUAACAACUACAAUAUUGCGCAAGUGCCAAUGAUGUUUAUAGAGGACAAGUUCUAUACGAUGGAAGACAUGCGUCUACGUGCCAGAGUGCUGAGGCUGCCAUACCAGGAAGGUAUUUCUAUGCUUAUCGUGCUACCCGACAAAGGCAGGGACUACACUGUGGUUGAUGAUGGGAUCACUGCAGAGCAGUUCCGGUUCUGGAUCAAAAAGCUGACAAAAACCAAGCUGGAAGUCAACGUGCCCAAAUUCAAGUUGGAGCAGUCGUAUUCCCUGCAAAACAUUCUUCCAGAAAUGGGCAUGGCCAGUAUCUUCAGCACUUCAGCCAACCUGACCAAGCUCAGUGAGGACGAAUCUCUCAUGGUGUCAGAGGUGCUGCACAAGGCUGUGAUAGAGGUGGAUGAGACAGGGACAACUGCAGCAGCUGCCACAACGGUCAGCAUUAUACCGAAAAUGAAGACAAAGAAGAUGAAGCCGAAAAACAAACGUAUGUCCACUGGACUCCAGAAACAACCUAAACGGAACAUUGACUUGAGAGGCAAAUGGAAAGCUGUAGAGCUGGAUCCCAGUCUCUUCUCCGAGGAGGGCUUGGAGGGUCUGGUGUGUUUUGAAGAGCUGACGAAUUACCGUAUGAUAGACAGCAAGAAGGCUGCAGCUAAAGCCGCAAAGGAAAAGAAAGGGGAGACGAAAAAAGGAAAGAAAAGAAAAGCAAGUGAAGAGGACGGAGAGAAGGGAGACACCGAGAGCAAAGAGGGAGAGGGCACAACCGAGCCAGCCAAGAAAAAAGCCAAAAAGAAGAAGAAGAAAAAUAAGAAAGUGGCUGCAAAGGAUUCAGUCCAGUCAGACAGUACGUCCACAGAAGAAGUGUUACAGGAGAACAAAGCUGCCAACGGGGAGGGAGGACAGGAUGAAGAAGCAGAAGAUUCAGCCACCAUCCCUGAUGGCGAUGCAUCAAAAAAGGAGAAGAAAAACAAGAAGACAAAGAAGAAGAAAUCAAAGCAGCAGUUGAAAAAUGAUACAGCCACAGAGGAACAGCCAGACGAGGAAUCAGAUCUUCCGCCUCUGGAAGAAGAUAAGUCCAGUCAAGAUAAAGCAGCUAAGCCCCCCAAAAAACAGGUAAAGAACUGGACAAAUGCAGCACUUGGCAGUUCUGAUGAUAAAGAUGCUGAUGUGAGUGCAUGGAAGGACCUGUUUGUUCCCUCACCUGUGCUGAAGGCACUGAGCAGUCUUGGAUUUGGCUCACCCACACCAAUUCAAGCCCUGACUUUGCCUCCUGCCAUCAGGGAUCGUAUGGAUAUACUAGGGGCAGCUGAGACCGGGAGUGGUAAAACAUUGGCUUUUGGCAUUCCUAUGAUCCACGCCAUCCUGAAGUGGAAGAGUGGCCCAGAAGAAACAGCUGAAGGCAACACUGAAGCAGCCACUGAGGUGGAGAGUCUGUAUCUACCAUCUGUAGAUGAGUCCACUGAAUCAGGAAACAUGACGGAGCCCGCAUCAGAAGGGGACCAGGAAGCCAACGUGGAGAUUUCAGAAGACGAGUUUGAAGGUGAAGAAGAUCAGAUCCAAGGAGACUCGGAUGAAGAUCGAGAUGACAUUGAAGAACAAGAUGAAGAUGGGCCGCUUGAACGUGUCCAGAUGAUGAAAACGUGUAAUGAACAAUUCACUGAUAGUCAGAGUCCUCUUCUCGGUCUGGUUCUCACUCCUACCAGGGAGCUGGCUGUUCAGGUCAAACACCAUAUCGAUGCUGUUGCAAAAUUCACUGACAUCAAAACAGCCAUAGUGGUGGGCGGAAUGGCGCAACAGAAGCAAAGAAGGAUGCUGAAGCGCAGGCCAGAGAUCAUUAUUGCUACUCCGGGGCGUUUGUGGGAUUUAGUCAAAGAAGGCCAUCCACAUCUGCACAAUCUCAAACAGCUCAAGUGCCUGGUCAUUGAUGAAGCUGAUCGUAUGGUAGAAAGAGGACACUUUGCAGAGCUAGAGAGUCUGCUGGAGAUGCUGAACACCACGCACUUCAAUCCCACGAGGCAAACCUUUGUGUUCUCUGCCACUUUGACCAUGGCUCACAGCCUGCCCAGCCGCGUCCUCCAGAAGAAGAAGAGGAGUCUGGACAAGAGAAGCAAGCUGGAGAUUCUCAUGGAGAAGGUGGGGAUUAAGUCUAAGCCCAAAGUCAUUGACCUCACAAGGAAGGAGGCGACUGUGGAGACACUGAUUGAGACGCAGAUCCACUGUCAGAAGGAUGACAAGGACUUCUACCUCUACUACUUCCUGCUCCAGUAUCCUGGACGCACCAUGGUGUUUGCAAACAGCAUCGACUGUAUCAAGAGACUGAACUCUCUGCUGGUGAUCCUGGACUAUAAUCCACUGCCUCUACACGCCAACAUGCACCAGAAACAACGCCUUAAAAACCUGGAGAGGUUUGCUGAAAGAGAGAGUUCUGUCCUCCUGACUACUGAUGUGGCAGCCAGAGGCCUGGAUAUCCCCAACGUUCAACAUGUUAUUCACUACCAGGUGCCUAGAACAUCUGAGACUUACGUUCAUCGGAGUGGCAGAACAGCCCGAGCCACUAAAGAGGGACUCAGUCUGCUGCUCGUAGGCCCAGACGACAUGAUGAACUUCAAAAAGAUCUACAGGACUCUUGGAAAGGACGACGAGCUUCCCAUGUUCCCCAUAGAGACCAAAUGCUUGGCAGCGAUCAAGGAGCGAGUAAACUUGGCCAGACAGAUAGAAAAGGUUGAGUAUCACAACAGCAGAGAGAAGCAGCACAACUCCUGGUUCAGGCAAGCGGCAGACGCCCUGGAGGUUGACCUGGAUGAUGAUCUUUUACUUGGUGGAGUACAGGAUGACGAUGCUGACAGAGAGCAGCAGAAGAUGGUAAAGGGGAUGAAGAAGCAUCUAAAGCAUUUGCUCUCCCAGCACAUAUUCAGGAACGUGAUAAAAACCAAGUACCCUACUCAAAUGGGAAAGCUCUCCCUGCCUCACUUGCCCCUUGCAGGGAAGGAAAGUGCCCUGGUUUCAGUAGAGAAAACACAGAAGCUUAAGAAAAGUGCUCCAGCACAACAGAAAAAACAGAAGCAGAAGAAACAAAAGAAGAAAGAAAAGCAGCAGCAGCAGUAGUAAUGUGGUCAUGGAAAUGAAAUCGAAUAAGGCUGUGUUUGAAAGGAUUUGUAUAAUUAUUGAAUUUAUGUUAAAAAAAAAUCAUAUAAAUACAAGAUUUGUUUUUUGUGAUGUUCAAUUGCUGUAAUCUGCAACGUUUUAUUAAAAAAAAACAGUUUUCAUAAGUGGA